CAUUCAUCACAAUUUUUGAGCAGUAGCUCUCACACUCUUUUGCACUAUUUACUCAAUUCAAAGCUCGUCUACUUAAUAUUCACACAUCACUAAAGGUACAGGGCCCAAUAAUAAUACAGGAAUACCCGAAAAUCACCAUCAGGAGCAGCAAUCUACCACCGGGGAAUCACAGAGAAGGGAGACAUCAUGGCUUCUGGAGCAUGGCUAUCAAGCUUGGAAGGACGAGGUUCAGUCAUUCGCCAGGCAGUCUACUCAGCAAAUAUUCCAAUCGGAUCAGCAACCCUUUCACUCGGCAUAAUUUUGGUAAUCGCAAUCAGCGGAGCGCUACUCCUCUUCGGCGUCAUAGGGCUUGUUGUUGUCAUUCAUGUCAAAAGGAGGAAUCGGUACAGGAGUAAAGUUCGCACAGAAGUUGUCGAACAUGGUAUGGUACGAUCUGACCCUCUUGGUACGAUGAGGUGUGUUCGCACCCCAGAGAUAUUCUUCCCACGCAGAUUAUCUCGCGGCCUAUCUUUCAACCCGUGGAUCACACUUGAUGGAGGAGGGGGAGGCGUUGUCGCUGGCGACUGGGAAGAUGUGGACCUUUCCGAUCACGCUCCUCCAAUGGCUACCGCAAAACGAAUGUCAUUUCACAGAGGAGUGAUUCGAGUAAGAGAAUCGUGGCCCCUGGCAUCAACCAUACCUCUCAAGGUAUUGCCUUCACAAGCGACGAUGAAUCUCAGCACUGUUGCUCCUCCAGGAUAUGUAGUUCAGGAACCGAAGCGACAAAGUACGAAACUGUUGCGCAGGAGAGACUCCACUGAUUCGAAGGGAGAGCCCAAAUCCGGGAAAUCUUCGUCGCCUACUCGAGGUCUAUGCCCUGCGCCUCUUAUGCUGCACAAAAAUACUCAACGAAGAUGCACAUCGGAUACAGAGAUUCCGUCAGUCCUCCGAUCCAGUUCCCAACGCUUGAAGACGAUUCAUCGAAAAUCUUUGACUCGCACUUUGACCACGAUCGGCAGGUUCCCUGGGCGGGCACCCUUUGAACGACUAUCUACACCACCCAUGAAGCAUGCUGUCGAGAGCCGUGAACAGCUCAUCAAUAAGGAGUUUGCACAAACUAUGGAAGAAUCCAUUCGCAACGAUCAAUUGAGCCGAGCAAGUGUUGAUAUUGUCAGCGACAGUCUUCACCUCGGUGCUCGGAUGACAUCUCCAACGCCAUCAUUUGCAUCACUUGACAGUCUAUGUGAUGAUACACUCGAAGUCAUCAUCCCUGCAGCGUUGUCUUCACCAAGCAAGUCCAGUUUCCAGAACGAAAAGCGACACAAGGUGCGGAUUUCAGAAGACACUACUAUCAUUCCAACGUCAAUCCACGAAGAUGAUCGGGCAUCCGUGCUGGUCAUCGAAAAACCAAACGAAGAACUAUUUUUUACUGUCCCACAUCGCAUUUCACUUGCCGGCGAUCCAUUCUUUUCAUCUGUCAGGAGUUCCAAAUCUAUUAUAUCCACAACAAAACCAGCACAUGGACCACGUCCAAUGUACUUUCGAAAGUCGACAUUUGGCCAUGAAGAAUCUCCUAAUCGACCAGACGAUUAUGUUUCUCCUCUACGUGACGUAUCUGGCAAUGCUUCUCCUUCUCCUUCGAGAGAUUCUCAGCAACUCGAGUCAGAGACUUUAGAUCACAACCCGUUCAGAUGGUCUCCACAGGAAGCUAUGAAGACAAGGAAUACACCCCUUUCAGGUCGGAGUUCGCCGAGUAGGAAAGGCCACAGGCGCUCUAAUGUUGUUCGAAUGUCAAAUCUACCUGUACUUUCUCGUCGCGUGGGUACAGUGGCGGCCGUGAAAGAGGAACCCGAAGAGGACUCGCCAAGAAGAUCCAUCAGAUUCAGCUUACCGCCUGCCACAGCCAUACGUGUCUUUGAACCAGAGAAGAGCCCAAGUCCUUCCUCCUCGACCGUAUCCCGCAGGCGUAGCAUGAGGCCCCCGUCUUCUGCUACAUUCAGCCCAGACUUGACAAUUACAGAAGGGGUUCCCACUACUCCAAACAGUUCACCAGUCUCAAAACUUGGAAGUCAACGCAGUUUCUCUAUCUACUCACCUACGCUUUCUGUAUGUAAUUACUAUGCUGAGAGCGGCGGAUCUGAAGACGAAUUUUUCAAGGCCAAGAAAGCAUCACCAGCAACUCUCAAAGCUCGCCGACAUGGCCAUAACUACUCUAGUGACUUGACAGUCUUUCCUACUCAUCAAAUGCAACAAGAUCAUCAACUCUCACUGACGUCUUUUCCACCGCCACCUACAAUGGAUCCCAUCAUUCCUAUCACCACGGUUCUCACGCCGCCUCCAUCUCGACCUUUACCAACCAUAACGUCAACAAUGAUUGGAUACAAGUCACCAUCACCUGCCCUGCCACUCCUUACUUUGUCCGGACAAACUCAACUCUACGGUCCGCGCGAUAUUCCCAGUCGCUGCAGCACAAUCAGUCCUCCACGAAAUUCUCUAGCAAGCUCUAUCAGCAUGUUACGACGCAUGAACAGCCAGAUCUCACAGUACAGCUCACAAUCCACCAUCGCCGAAGAAUCUCCGCAACUCCCACCUCAGCCCCAUUUCUCGCUGAACUUCAACCUCGAAGAAGCCCAGGCUGAGGAACGAGGUAGAAGUCGUGGAUCGAAACACUAUCUCGCUGUUGGGAGACAGAGUCAGCAUUAUUCUCGCAUGUCCCGUACAGAGAAACGAGAUAGUCAUCGUGUAUACAAGGAUCGAAGGAGAAGAAAGACAGAAGACUUCGAAAGAGAUGAGAAAGAACUUACUCCAGUCCCAGAAACAAGUCCCGCGACAGGAGCGAAUCCACUUGGUAUCAUCGGUCUCCGCUUCCCUACUCUCAACCGAGAAGGCAUCAACGGAAAUUCCUUUCGAGAACAAAUCAUCGAUUUCACAGACGACGGAGACAUAUCUGACGCCAAGAUCAUCGAACUCAAGGAUGACGACAAAGAGAAUCAUGAAAGCCAAUGGUCAGACGCCAUGACAAAGCCAGCAAAGAAUGUAGUAAGAAGGGAAAGUAAAAUGGAGCAUCCCAGUCCGCAAACACCACCGAAAUGGUCGAUGAGCGGACUGGGUUUGGCUGGUCAGAGGUUACUUGGGAAGGAUAAAGAGGGACUUCCAGUCUUUGGGAGUCCCGAAAGGCCUCUAAGUAUAGGGUUGUAUGAUCAGGAAGGGUUCUUAAAAAGUUCGCCUGAGAUCAAGAGCGCGAAGGAGAGGGCGAAUGAGAGGAGGAACAGGGAGUCUAGGCCUAAGCGAUUGUCGGAUGAGUGGCAUUGCAUCAUGUGAGGGGUGCUCUCGGAGGUCUCGGGUUUUAAUUCUUGUGUUCAUGGGGGUAGGAAAAGGAAACUUCUGUUCAUCGACUUCGACAUACAUUGUUACUUUGUUUACUGCAAGCCAGCGUUGGAGUAUCAAUCAA